AUGGAAAAUCCAGACGACAAUACUGACAUUACUGAUGCACGAUUGAGAGAGGCACAACAACGAACCAUGAAAAGACUAAUUCGAGGAAUAGAAGAGUUGACUGAUCGAAUAGGAAGAUUGGAGAUUCAGAAUCAAGCUCGACAGAGGAUUCCACUACCUGCACCCUCAACCGAUACAUAUGAGGGCGACAAUUCUGAUCACCACGAGGAUAAUCCACAUGCGGUUGGUCAUGGCUUGAUGCGAGGGCGAGACCAUGGAAGAAGGUAUCAUAAUUUACAACAACGAGUUCCUUAUGAUGAUAGAAUUGAUCGUAACGUGGGGAGCAUCAAAUUAAAACUUCCCAAGUUUUAUGGCAAAACCGAUCCAGAGGAGUACCUUGAGUGGGAGAAAACGAUAGAGUCGGUGUUCAAGUGUCAUAAUUUUAGUGAUAAAAAGAAGGUACUGUUAUGCAUUGCUCAAUUCAAACAAUAUGCUCAAAUUUGGUGGGAUAAAUUGAUGUCAAGUAGGAGAAGAAACCUUGAAGCACCAAUUGAUUCAUGGUACGAGUUCAAAGAGUCCAUGAGGAAGCGUUUUGUUCCACAAUAUUUUCAACGGGACAUGGCGCAAAAGCUUCAAGCAUUGAAACAAGGACGCAAGUCUGUGGAAGAUUAUUACAAGGAGAUGGAUACAUUGAUGGAUCGACUUGAUCUCGAUGAGGACAUGGAGGCUCUCAUGGCGCGGUUUCUUAAUGGGUUAAACACAGAGAUUGCAGACAAGACUGAUUUACAGCCUUAUUCUAAUAUUGAGGAGUUGUUGCACAUUGCAAUUAAGAUCGAGAGGCAAAUCCAAAGAAGAUCUCAACGGUAUUCUUCUAAAACUUUUCCCAAUUCUACUUCUACAUGGAAAAAGGAUAGUAAGAACAUUGAUUAUAAGCAUAGAAAUCCAGAGAUUAAUGAGAAGCCUCAAGCUAAAUUUGAGAAAGGGGAGAGUUCUAGAACAGGGAAAGAAAAAGUAGAAAAGUCUAAUGUUCGAAAUAGGGAUUUAAAGUGUUGGAGAUGUCAAGGGGUAGGACACUAUAGUAGAGAUUGCCCAAAUGCAAGAAUUAUGACCAUCAAGGAGGGAGAAAUUGUUACGGAUGACGAGGCACAUGACGACAUAAAUGAGGAAACUGAUGAGAGUGAGGAGUUUAGCGAAGAGGACCCUACACAUAUAUCUUUGGUUACUCGACGAGCUCUAAACACCCACAUUAAGGAGGACGGCCUAGACCAAAGAGAGAACUUGUUUCAAACUCGUUGUCUUGUUCAAUCUGUACCUUGUAGUGUUGUCAUUGAUAGCGGUAGUUGCACCAAUGUUGUGAGUUCCAUUCUGGUCAAAAGACUUAAUUUGAAGACACAACCACAUCCAAGACCCUACAAGCUUCAAUGGUUGAAUGAUUGUGGGGAAGUACGGGUAACUCAACAAACUCUUGUUUCAUUUACUAUUGGAAAAUAUGUUGAUGAUGUUUUAUGUGAUGUUGUAUCCAUGCAUGUUGGAGAUUUACUACUGGGGAGGCCAUGGCAAUUUGAUCGUCGGGUAAUGUAUGAUGGGUAUGCAAAUCGAUACUCUUUUACUCACAAUGGUAGAAAAACUACUCUUGUUCCAUUGUCUCCAAAAGAUGUAUUUAUUGAUCAUUGCAAACUUGAAAAGAAAAGGCAAGAGGCUGAUGCAAAAGCAGAGAUUGAAAAAGAAUCAAGUGAAAAAAUGAGCUUGAGUGAAAAGCAAGAGAGUAACACUCAGCCUAGAGAAAAAAAAGAGAGAAAAGCCAAAUCAGUAAGCUUGUAUGUUAGAUCAAGUGAGGCUAGGAAUGUUUUGCUCUCUAACCAGACUAUUCUUGUACUUAUGUGCAAGGGGUCUUGUUACUUUACUAACAUGCUUAACCCUUCUUUGCCUAGUGAUUUUGUUGUGCUUUUGCAAGAGUUUGAAGAUUUAUUUUCUGAGGAGAUGCCUAGUAGUUUGCCACCACUUAGAGGGAUUGAACACAAGAUUGACUUCAUUCCUGGCGCGCCCAUUCCAAACCGACCAGCAUAUAGGACUAAUCCAAAGGAGGCUGAAGAGAUACAAAGGCAAGUAAGUGAACUCCUUGCUAAAGGGUAUGUACGUGAAAGUUUGAGUCCUUGUUCUGUUCCAGUUAUUCUUGUACCUAAGAAAGAUGGUUCUUGGCGUAUGUGUGUUGAUUGUAGGGCUAUAAACAAGAUAACUAUAAAGUAUAGGCAUCCAAUUCCUAGAUUAGAUGAUAUGCUUGAUGAAUUGCAUGGAUGUAGUCUUUUUACUAAGAUUGAUUUAAAAUCGGGUUAUCAUCAAAUUCGCAUGCAUAUUGGGGAUGAGUGGAAAACAGCUUUUAAAACCAAGUAUGGUCUUUAUGAAUGGUUGGUUAUGCCUUUUGGAUUAACUAAUGCACCUAGUACAUUCAUGAGACUAAUGAACCAUGUCUUACGAGAAUACUUAGGUAAGUUUGUGGUUGUUUAUUUUGAUGACAUCCUUGUUUACUCUAAAUCUUUAGAUGAUCAUAUUACCCAUGUACGCAAUGUUUUGACUACUUUAAGAAAUGAAUGUUUGUAUGUAAAUUUAAAGAAAUGUAGCUUUUGCAUGGAAAAAGUUAACUUUCUUGGGUUUGUAGUUUCAUCUAAUGGUGUUGAGGUUGAUGAGGAGAAAGUGAAGGCUAUAAAAGAGUGGCCUACACCUAAAAAUGUAAGUGAGGUAAGAAGUUUUCAUGGUCUUGCAAGUUUCUACCGUAGGUUCAUUAAGAAUUUUAGUACAAUUGCUUCACCCUUGAAUGAACUUGUUAAGAAAAAUGUAUCUUUUAUAUGGGAAAAAGAUCAAGAACUUGCUUUUACUACUUUGAAAGAAAAAUUGAGUUAUGCUCCCUUGCUUACGUUACCUAAUUUUGAGUCUACUUUUGAAAUUGAAUGUGAUGCUAGUGGAGUAGGGAUAGGUGCUGUAUUAAUGUAA